GACAAGCUGCGUGUAACCACCGAUGACAAUAAACACUUCUUCGAGGGCAGUGUAGAAAAAACCCGUUCGUUACCUGACUGCUGAGUCAUUCUGACCCAAGGAAGGAGCAGGGAGGCUGCAGCCAUGCUCCCUGCCCAGUCCCUGCUGCCCGCUGCGGUGUUGGCACUGGCAGCCCUUCAGGCUCUUGCCUCCGACACCUUCCUGGCAGCCGUGUACGAGCACGCCGUCAUCCUGCCCCAUGCCAGCGCCCAGCCCGUCCCUGCCAGCCACGCCUUGGCCCUGAUGGGCAGGAACAUGGAUGUCUUGGAAGGGGCCGUCAGGGAAGCUGCCCGCCAGGGUGCACACAUCAUUGUGACUCCUGAGGACGGCAUCUACGGCUGGCGAUUCACAAGAGAAUCCAUCUACCCCUACCUGGAGGAUAUCCCUGACCCGGUGGUGAAUUGGAUUCCCUGCACUGACCCCUCAAGAUUUGGUCCAGCUCCAGUGCAGGAACGCCUCAGCUGCAUGGCCAGAAAUAACUCCAUCUAUGUGGUUGCAAACAUCGGGGACAAGAAGCCGUGUGACUCCAGCGAUCCCGGCUGCCCCAGGGACGGUCGCUACCAGUACAACACGGAUGUCGUCUUUGACACACAGGGCAAACUGGUGGCUCGCUACCACAAGUACAAUCUGUUUAGAGGUGAAACUCAGUUUAAUUAUCCAAAAGAGCCAGAAGCUGUCACUUUUGAGACUCCUUUUGGGAAGUUUGGCAUUUUCACUUGCUUUGACAUCCUUUUCUAUGAGCCUGCCGUGGUCCUGGUGAGCGAGAUGCAGGUGGACACUGUGCUCUUCCCAACAGCUUGGAUGAAUGUCCUGCCCUUUCUGACUGCAGUUCAGUUUCACUCUGCCUGGGCUAUGGGCAUGCGUGUCAAUUUACUUUCAGCAAAUACUCACAACACCAGCAUGGAAAUGACAGGCAGCGGGCUGUUCGCACCACAGGGACCUGCCGCCUACCACUACGACAGUGCCACCGAGGAGGGACGUCUCCUGCUGGCAGAGCUGAGCACACACCCCCGUCUUUCCCCCACCUACCCUCCCGCCAUCGACUGGAGUUCGUAUGCCACAAGCAUCAAGAAAUUUCCCGGAGAAAGCGACACUUUUUCGGGAGCUGUCCGGAGGGAUAUAUUCACUUUCGGUGAACUCAGGCACAAGGAUGGAAAUUACACUGUUUGCCAAGGAGACUUUUGCUGUCAUCUGGUCUACCAGAUGUCAGACAAGAGGAAAGAUGAAGUUUAUGUCCUGGGGGCCUUAGACGGGCUUCACGGUUCUCUCAUAAAAUACCAUUGGCAGAUCUGCAGUCUGCUCAAGUGCCCAAGCACAAACCUGAGCACAUGUGGGCAGCCUGUGGAGACGGCUCAGACCAAGUUUGAGAUGUUCUCCCUCAGUGGCACGUUUGGCACCAGCUACGUCUUCCCAGAAGUGUUGUACAGCGGGGUGCAGCUGGCCCCUGGGGAGUUCGAGGUGCUACGUGAUGGGCGUUUGAAAAGCAAGAAUGGCACCUCGAGACCGCUGGUAACAGCGACACUUUUUGGAAGGCUUUAUGAGAAGGACCCGCCACAUCCUCUGAGGAUUUCCCCUGAAGUCUCUCCUUAGGAGUUACAGACUCACAGAGACAGGAGGGGAAUUUCUUCCUGAGCUGUCACAGUUACCCUGUAUGAUUCCUGUUCUGCAGUAUUGCAAUUCUGCUUAGCAGCUGUGGCAGUUGGGCUUGUUUGGGAGAAAGUGAUGUCUUCACUCUGCUGUGCAUGCCUUUUCUUUUUAACUUUCAGCCACUGCAAUUGUUUUUUAAUGUGCAUGAUCUGUCACAUGAAUCUUUUAUUCAGAAAUUUUGUUUCCCCCAAGAUAUCAUAUAGAUUGCUAGCAAAAUCUAUGAAA